CUCCCUUGAAGAAAAACUGGUAAAGCUUGGUGAUUUCUCCUUUAUUUUCUUGCUCAAUAACAAGCUUUAGGAUUUAGAACUCUCUCUCUCAACCCAGAAGUUCUAGAUCUGCUCUGCUCUGUCUUCACCGCAUGUUGCUCUUGGAGUGGGUGCAAAUUUCUCUGAUUUUUGGAUUUCCCGAAUUUCCCCGUGCACUUCCUGCUGGCUCUUCCCCAAACUGCAGCUUUGGUUUUGCUCGAAAAUUGUGGUUCUUGAGUGUUCUGUUACUCGAGUACUUGGCUUGAGUUUCGGAUUUGAGCAUGCCUUCUUGGAAUUUACUUAACUGCCCUGAUGAUUUGGAAAUUUUUUGUGAAUUAUGAUUUUCCUAUUAACUUCUGCCUGUUUUGUCUCCGAUAUGGUCAUAUUAUUUGUGUGCCCGCUGGUGGGAGGUUUAUAAAUGCUAGCACAUGUCAACAUGUUAUUGAUAGAACUGGUUCGUUUCUGUUAUCCUGCUAAUGGGAUUAUAUACUAGUAAAUCGUGUGCCUGUCAAUGGGAGACUUGUUACUUGAAUAGAAUUUUUGUAUGCUCUUUUGCCACAAUUGUAAAAUUUGGGGAGUUGCAGAGAUCUUUUGUUAUUGAUCCUGUUGGUCUCUAUGACACAACUGGUUGAGAAAUUUGUUCUGUUUGUCACAUGAGCAGUGGAAGAUAGGCAACCCUCUACUAUGUAAAAGAUUCAAGGCUACUUUAGCAAUGUUGUGUGUUUUCUAGAUGAGUUUUAGGAGUUAGAUAACUUGGUAAUUUUGCUGCUCAUUAUCUUUCUGAAAGUCUUAUAGUGAAGUUUCACUUUUUCCAUUUGGAGCUUCAUGGUCUUUUCAUGUGGCUCAUUUUUCUAUAUUGGUUAAUCAAAAACAGUGAUCAAU